AUGUCUUCUUGUCCCAAUCCCACCACGAUCCCUUCAUUACAAAGCCAUAUUUCCCCUACCAAAUUGCUUCAUCACUCUAUAAAAUGGCCCGAUGAUCAGUUCUUGAGAGUUGAGAGCAAAGUUUUAAUGGCAGAAAAUAAGAAUAGAGAAGGAGAACUAAAACCAGUCUGGUUUGCAGCAGGAAUGGCAGCAUUCAUGGCGUGCCUCGAACGGUUUUAUUUCUACACGCAUUGGAGGGUGUGGGUUUUUUUAGCUCUCAAUCUCUUGCUUUUGGCCAUUCUUUUUACCUCUACAAUGCAAACCCAAAUCCCAUCAAAUGAUCAAGUUGACAAUUGUGUUGAAGCAUACGAGGAAGAGAAGAAGAAGAAGAAGAAGACGAGAAGCAAAAAAUGCAGACCUAAUUUGGUGUCUGCCAACAAUUACUUGCCUAAGAGUGAAGGCUUAUGUGUGAAAAUUGCAGCAGAAUAUGAAGAAGAUGAUGAAUAUGGGAAAGAAGGGAGUCUGGAGCUUUCGAAGGAGGAAUUGAAUGAGAGAGUUGAGGCUUUUAUUAAAAUGUUUAGACAGCAAUAUUUACAUGUGAAUUCCAAAAAUGUGUACAUCUAG